AUGUAUUUCUUUAAGAUUUGGGCAUUCAGUUUAUUAUGCAUUGAUUUUUUACUCGCCCUGGUUGAUAAUACCACGGAAACAUACAAAAGUACCAUUGAUAGCUUGAAAGAGAUGGUCGAAAAUUCGACCAGUUGUGAAGAUUUGCUGUCGAAUUAUACUUUUGAUCAAAAGACUGUGAUCGAUGUUGACUGGAAAAUGUUUUUUUAUUGGAAUUACGAUGACGGACCCUCGUGCGUCUUCAAAUUUAGCCCACCGUACCCAGUACUGAUAGAUCGUUAUCGAAGCGAGUUGAAUAUAACACCUCCCGUGAACUGGAACAACUCUAUCUUGUUUAUGGAGACAUCUACUGACGUCAGUGCAAUGUUAGUAUCUACAGAUGUGUUAGGCAAGUUUCGAAUCAUAUCCAGCACAGCUUUCGAAGUUGACACCUCAUAUACAGAAAUGGCGAUAAAAGUAGUUCCUCCCGGGUACUUAAUUAUGCUACAAUGUGAUUUCCGAUUUGGUUUUGCAUUAGCGCCUUAUGAUAAGAUGCCUAACGAAAAAAAUAUCGACGAAGCUGUGCACACGUUGGGCAUUAAAAGUAAUUAUAAUAAAACGUACAUAUACGAAGAGUUUAUAGAGGCCCAACUGGCCGCUUUUGAAGAGGAUCAUCUGAAACCCGAUGACGAUGUUGACGACGUUGACGAUGAUGAUGAGGAAGGAACGAAUGAAUAUAUGGAUUGGGAAUAA